CUCAUAGUAUCCAUAGAUUCUCUUAUUACCAAAACAGUUAACACAAACACCAACAAGACAAAGAAAGCAGUUAUCAUAUAUAUAUGGCUUUUCCAUCUUCUUCAUCUUUCCCAGUAGAUUUUGCUUAUGAAAAUGAAUUGGAUUUCUCGAGUUUGUUAACUCCGUCAACGUUUAUAUCAUUCCAAGAACCUAAUCCAUCAAAUCCGAUCAUUCAUACUGAAAGCCACGGAAUACAAAGGAUCCGUGAGACGAUCAUGACAGAUGAAAUCACAAAAGAAGUUGUUGAGCCGAAGAACAAGAGAGCGAAACAUAAAGAGAUCGAGAGACAAAGAAGGCAAGAACUCACGUCACUUUUCAAGCACCUAAGAUAUAUAUUGCCAUCUCAAUAUGUUAAGGGUAAGCGUUCUUCAUCAGAUCACGUUCACGAAGCUGUGAAUUACAUCAAAGACUUUGAAAAGAAGAUCAAAGAGUUCAGCGAGAAAAGAGAUCGAAUCAAGAAAUCUAUUACUCAUCCAUCUCCAGCAGGAUAUUGUCCAAUAAGAUCAUUAGCAGCAUCCUGUUCAUCAUCAUCACUAUCAUCAUAUUGUUCCUGUGUUGGAGACACACAUAUCGAUGUUAAGGUGAGGUCUUGUUUGAUCGGUAUCGAGAUAGUAGCAAGUUGCUGUUUCAGACACGAAUCUCGUCUCUCAACUGUUCUUCAGCUUCUGGUUCAAGAACAAUGCUUUAAUGUUGUUAGUUGCAUCUCGACCAGACUGCACUUGAGAUUCUUACACACCAUUGUCUGUGAGGUUGAGAAAGGAAUAGAGAUUAACUUCUCGGAGCUUCAAGAAAAGAUAAUCAAAAUGGGGACAUCGUGCUUAAACUUUUAGAGCUGUAUUCAAUUAGAAGAAGGAUUUGUGAUGAUAUGCAAACUCUGUCUUGAAUUAUGAAUUUUUAAAAUCAUAUAAAAUUAGAGACUUGUUGUUACUAUAACUAAACAUUAUUAAUGUUUAAGUAUUAAAAAUGUUUUGAGCGUUACUUUUUAGUAACUCCAGAAUGAGUUUUGUUUUUGUCU